AUGGCGCACAGCUCGAUGACGACGACGCUCGUGCCGGACGUGAGCCAUCUCAAAUCGGGCGAGGUCAACUUGGGAGUAAGUACACUUCGAUCAUCACACACACCCCGAAUACAUCCCUCAAUCUGAUCCCCAACCCCCAUUUCCCGAAUGCAGACCUCGAUCAUGGCCUGCGCUUUCCCCGGAGGCGUCGUCAUCGGUGCCGAUUCAAGAACGACCACCGGAUCCUACAUCGCCAAUCGAGUGACCGACAAGUUGACCUAUUUGCACGAAAGGAUUUAUUGUUGUCGUUCCGGAUCGGCCGCCGAUACACAGGUGCGUGGGGGAGCGGAGGGGACGGGACGGGACGGGACGGGAACCCCCCCCCCUCCUUCCCGAGAGCGGUUAAGAGAGGAUCCUGACGGACUCUAUGAACUCGGAACUGACACCCAAUUCGGGGACCAGGCCGUUGCGGAUAUCGUCACCGCGCAACUGAGUCAGUACGCGAUGCAACACGAGAAACGACCGACGACGGCCGUAGCGGGCGCGAUGCUAGAAUCGAUCUGCUAUUCCAACAAGUGAGUUUCCAAUCCGCACACAGCCUCGGAGAACCAACAAAAGUUGAGUGCCUGCUUGGUCGGCUUUACGUAGGGACUCGCUUUCGGCUGGUAUCAUCGUCGCCGGAUGGGACAAGUUGACAGGAGGGUCCGUGUACAACAUCCCUCUCGGUGGAGGAUUGUUCAAAGGCCCUUGGGCGAUCGGAGGUGCGUCAAUCGUCUCUCCGAAGGGCUCUGUACAGCGGAACUGAUUGGUGAAAGCCGCGACAAAACAGGUUCCGGCUCGGCGUACAUCUAUGGGUAUUGCGAUGCGACCUAUCGCGAGGACUGGGAUAAGGAACAGACCGUCGACUUUGUCAGGAACGGUACGUCACAACGCAGAAACGUCAGGCAUACUUUGAUCAAUCAAGAAGAGCACGAUCAAGCUGACGGGGGGCUCGUCUACCUAUCUCGAUUCUCAGCUCUGGCACUGGCGAUGGCGCGCGAUGGAAGUUCGGGAGGCACGAUCCGUAUGGCCAUCAUCACAGAGGGCGGAGUCGAGAGGAUCUUUGUACCGGGGGACAAGUUACCGGGUAAGUUCCACAGCGAUGGACACGUCUCAAGGGAGGGGAGGGGACGAGCCUCGGACGCCUUUCUGGCCCGUUUGGCUCGAUCGAAGUAA